GUGUUGCGGAGUGUUGUAGAUAGGAGAAGUAAGAGAUAUUGAUUUGACAUUUGCCGCCGCUGAAAUAGAUGUGUGGGUAUCCCUGUGGGUUGUGCAGAAUUUAAAAUACAAAAAUGGGUGAUAGCAGCGACGAAGAAUUCCAGAACAGCGAAUCAUGGGUGUUCUACAGGAACAGGGAUGAUUGGAAAGAUGUGGAGCCUGUUGAGCAGGAGGACGGCGGCGAAUAUCCAGUCGUUAGCAUAUCAUACACACCUAAAUUCAAAGAUGUCUAUGACUAUCUCAGAGGUGUCAUGAAGAUAGGGGAGAAGUCUCAAAGAGCUUUGGACCUCACUGCAGAUGCCAUUGCACUAAAUGCAGCCAAUUAUACUGUGUGGCAGUACAGACGAGAUAUACUCAAGGAAUUGAAGAGCGAUCUUGCUAAGGAAUUGAAGUACAUUGAGAAGGUUAUUCAGCGCCAUUGCAAGAACUAUCAGGUCUGGCAUCACAGACGCGUUAUUGUUGAGUGGUUGCAGGACUCCAGCAAAGAACUUAAAUUCACACAAGGUAUUUUAGUGUUUGAUGCGAAAAACUAUCAUGCUUGGCAGCAUCGACAGUGGGCCAUCAAAACAUUUGGGUUGUAUGAAGGGGAAUUGGAGUAUGUUGAUUCUUUACUUCGUGAUGAUAUAAGAAACAACUCAGCUUGGAACCAAAGAUAUUUCGUUAUCAACAACACUAUCGGCUUCGUCGAUGAUGUUGUCUCUAAGGAAGUGGAGUACGUUUUAGAGAAGAUCGAGACUGUGCCGCUCAAUGAGAGCGCUUGGAACUAUCUCAAGGGACUUUUGUUGCACGAUAAGGGAGGAUUGAGUAACAACGUGAAGGUGACGACGUUUUGCGAGGAUCUCUAUAUGAGUGGAAACCGCUCUCCGUUUCUGCUCGCUCUGAUUGUGGAUAUGUGUGAUGAGCGCAUUUCCAACAAAGCCGAGGAUGAUAAAUACAAUUUGAAGAGGGCUUCGGAAUUGUGCCAUGAACUUGCUACAACCGUGGAUCCGAUCCGCUGCAGAUAUUGGGAGUACAUGUCUACUACGAUUAGUAAAAAGGCGGGUUGUGAGAGCGGUGAAGAUGCUGAAGGUGGCGACGGCCCAGAGGAGGCUGCUGCUGCUGGAGCUUCGCACGACGUAUGAAUUAUGUUCGUUGUCUAAUUACGUUCUCCAACCUAAUAAAUGUUUUUACUUUGACUAUGCCAAAAAAAAAGAUACUGAAAUGAAAAUCAUAAGAUAUAUAUGUAUGUCAAUUCAUUCCUAGCCAGUGUUGCAUUUUCGAUGAUGAUGAUAAUGAUCAUUAUGAUGUAAAGUAAUCACGAUCGAUUUUAACAAUGACUCUGCAUGUCUUAUUUAUAAUUAUUUUAGUUUACUAUAAUUAUUCAACUGCCAAUGUCAAAAGCUUCUUGAUGUCUUUGUGAUUGAAUAUUAUAUAUAUAUUAUAUGAAUAAAUA